AUGGGYGUCCGCAGCAUCCUCCUCCUCCGCCGGCUCCGCACCCGCACCUGCGGCCGCGCAGCCCCCGCGUCCUCGCUGAGCGCCCCGCGGCCCGCGGAGACCCUGCCCGGGCCCCCGAGCUGGCCCCUGAUGGGCAGCCUGCCCGACGUGCUCUGGAAGGGGGGGCUCAAGAGGCAGCAUGAGACCCUGGCUCAGUACCACCGGCGCUUCGGGAAGAUUUUCCGCAUGAAGCUGGGGGCGUUCGACUCGGUUCACAUCGCGUCUCCCUGCCUGCUGGAGGCUCUGUACCGCCGCGAGAGCGCCUGCCCGCAGCGCCUCGAGAUCAAGCCCUGGAAAGCMUAUCGCGACUAUCGCGACGAGGGCUACGGGCUGCUCAUCCUGGAAGGGGAGGACUGGCAGAGGGUGAGAAGCGCCUUUCAGAAGAAAUUAAUGAAGCCCAGGGAAGUUGUGAAACUGGACACGCCGAUCAAUGAGGUCCUGGAGGACUUUAUGUACAGAAUAGAUGAAAUCUGUGACCACAAUGGACAGAUGGAGGAYGUUUAUUCAGAAUUCAACAAAUGGUCAUUUGAAAGUAUCUGUUUGGUGCUGUAUGGGAAGAGGUUUGGCCUCCUGCAGGAGGACGUGGCAGAAGAAAGUCUGAACUUCAUCAAGGCUGUGAAAACGAUGAUGGCCACGUUYGGGAUGAUGAUGGUGACCCCCGUGGAGCUGCACAAGGGGCUGAACACCAAAGUCUGGCAAGCUCACACCAAAGCAUGGGACGAUAUCUUUAAAACAGCCAAGCAGUCCAUCGACAGCAGGCUGGAGAGGCACUCAGCCCGGCCCCAGGAGGAUUUUCUGUGUGAUAUUUACUCCGGGGGACGCCUGUCCAGGAAGGAGCUGUACGCUGCCAUCGCCGAGCUGCAGAUUGCUGGUGUGGAGACGACAGCCAACAGUUUGCUGUGGGCUCUGUACAACCUUUCCCGCAAUCCCCACGUCCAGGAGAAGCUUUUCCAKGAAAUCCAGAGUGUUCUGGCUCCUCAUGAAAACCCAAGUGCUGAAAGCCUGAAGGACAUGCCUUACCUAAAAGCCUGUCUGAAGGAAUCCAUGAGAUUAACCCCAUCAGUGCCUUUCACCACUCGCACCAUCGACUCGGAAAUGGUCCUGGGAAAUUACGUGCUGCCCAAGGGGACGGUGCUGAUGAUCAACAGCCACGCCCUGGGCUGCAGCGAGGARUAUUUCAGGGGUUGGGCAGCGUUCCGGCCGGAGCGGUGGCUGCAGCGCGGUUCCAUCCAUCCSUUCGCCCAUGUCCCGUUCGGCAUCGGCCGCAGGAUGUGCGUGGGGCGCCGGGUGGCCGAACUGCAGCUUCACCUGGCUCUUUGCUGGAUGCUCCGCAAAUACCGGGUGGUGGCCACGGACCAGGAGCCGGUGGCGACGCUGCAUUUGGGGACGCUGGUCCCCAGCCGGGAGCUGCCCAUCGCCUUCCUCCGGCGGGCAGCUUGAGGAAAUGAAGGAGAGCCCUGCUGCUGCCUCCUCUUCAGAGAGAGACCUGGAGAAUCAGAGCAGUGGAGGCUCCAGCAGCCAGGGGAGGAUUGCAGCACAUCCCUUGGACUGCCGAGCCAGGAACAGCACCAGGAAAAGCUCCCAGACUGUUCCACUGGGAAAAUGUGGUUAAAAGGAAAGAAAAACAUCGAGGGCAUCCAUAACCUGUGGAAAUGCAGGGAUUUGUGCAGCUCAGGGAUUGGAUGGGGUGAGGAGCUCUGAGGGUUUUGGGUGGGAGGUUGUGGCAGCUCCACAGCCCAGUUUGRGGAGAGCUGACUCCAGUUUGGGACCAGUCCCGGCUGAACUGGUGCUGCUGGAUCUGAGAGGGAGAGCUGGGGAAGUCAGAAAGAAACUGCCUUAGUCCUUCCCAAAUUACCAGUGUGUGGAUCAAACUGGGAAGGGAGCUGGGAGUCUGGAAUAGGGCUAAAAAUGGGGCUGGAAAAUCAGGAUAAUGAAAAAAAUGCAUUUCAAAAACAGGGAUGAAAAAUGGAGAUAAUGAAAGAAAAACAAAUUUCAAAAACAGGGCAGGAAAACCAGGAUAAUGAAAGAAAUACAUUUCAAAAACAGAGAUGGAAAAUGGAGAUAAUGAAAGAAAUGCAUUUCAAAAACAGGGCUGGAAAAGUGGGAUAAUGAAAAAAAAUGCAUUUCCUUGGCAUUCCUCGGUGCCUUACAGAAGGGAAAUAAGAACCAGGAUUUGUUGCUUUGAUCUGAACUGUUGCAGUCCCGCGCCUGGCAAAUCCUCUGCCCUUCCCCACAGAUUUCCAGGCCUCCAGCUCCUGCACAAACCAUUUUAUCCCACCUUUGUUGUAAAAAUUUCGUGGCCUUUCCUUGCAUGAGAAGGCCUAAUCCAGACAUGGAACCACUGGAAUCCUAUGGGUUCUGUGAAAUKAUGAUUAUCCUAAGAGGAUAGCUCCUUCACGGGAUGAGUAAAAUUCUGUAAAAUUCUGCUUCAGAGAGCAAUUUCCCCGGAAAUCAGGAUCCCAACCUUUUCAAAGGGAUCUAUUUCUCAUGGAGAUUGCAAUAGCUAAAGGUUCAAAUUGUCACUGCCCUGCAAUUCUGGAUUUUGGUUGUCAUGGUCACUAGUUUUAUACAUUUACAAUUUCAAGUACAGCUUUAUCUCUCUACAUAACACUGAGUUAAUUUUUUAUAUGCUGAAAUGAUACAAGUUCUUAGUGUUUGUUGAUGUUUCUUGUUUUUCAUUUGCUUGCUCUCCUCUGUUAUGC